GGAAGUUUCCUUGUAUUCGCAUGACUACUGGGCAUUUUAGAGGCAUAGAAUACAUCGAUUGUUCUUUGCAAUUAAUUAUAUAACGAUAACAUUUGUGGAGUGCAAAUGAACGUUGUUGGGCUGCGAGUUGUAAACUCAGAAGCUAAAUUACAGUGAGUUGAAGAUUUAGUUGUUCGACAUUGAUAAUAUUUUAGUGUUUUAUAAUAUAUUUGAGGCCAGCAAUCACUUUCUACUCAUCAAGCCUCCUCGCUUCACUAUCGUUCAAGAAGUCCUACCAAUCCCCUAGCAAUGGCAACUUCACAAACCGCCUCCAAGCUCACUCCCCAGAAACCAGUUCCACUGACCACGACCGUAGUAGAAAUGUGGAGCAUGUUGGUGACGCUGGUGACGGUCACGGCUGCGCUGUUUGUGUCUCUCCUCAUCACAGCCUACGCCGCCCUCAAGACUCUUGUGCCCCGACGCUACCGCCGCCACGACAUCACCGGCAAGGUGGUGCUGGUGACGGGCGGCGGCUCUGGCAUCGGCCGCCUCUUGUGCAUCAAACUCGCGCACCGCGGCGCCAGAAUUGUCUCGUGGGACGUCAACGUGGCGGGUAACGAAGAGACGGAGCGGCUGGUCAAGGCAGGAGGUCACGAGUGUCAAGCGCGCACUGUUGACCUCUGCGACCGGUCGGCCAUCUACCGCGCGGCUGACGAGCUACAAAAGCAAGGCAUAAAAGUUGACAUCCUCAUCAACAACGCGGGCAUCGUGACAGGCCGCAACUUCCUGGAGUCUCCGGACGAGCUCGUCGAGCGCACCUUCGCUGUGAACGUCCUUAGCCACUUCUGGACGUCAAAGGCGUUCUUACCUGCGAUGCUGGCGAGCAACAGCGGCCACGUGGUGACCAUAGCGUCGAUGGCAGGCAAGGUGGGNGGCCGGUCGCCCCAUUCUCUUACAUCCCAGAUUCUUUGA